AUGGAUCGUUGGAUAGGCAAAAUAGCAGUAGUGACUGGUGCGAGCUCUGGUAUUGGAGCCGCGAUAGCCAAAGAGUUAGCCCGAUCUGGCCUCACAACUGUAGGCCUCGCUCGACGAGUGAAGCGUGUCGAAGCAUUGAAAGGCGAACUACCUCCAGAAGCAGCUUCCCGCUUGCAUCCAUUCCGCUGUGAUGUAACACGGGAGGAAGACAUUAUGCGGGCGUUUGCCUAUGUCGGCGACACAUUCGGAGGAGUUGACGUGCUGAUCAACAACGCUGGAGUAUCGAGGGAUGCCACUGCAUUGACGCCAGGAAAUUCAAAAGCGAUUCGAGAAAUAUUCGACACCAAUGUGAUCGCGUUGAUCCACUGCAGCCGGGAAGCGUACCAAUCGAUGAAGAAGCGAUCCGCGGAAGGAUGCAUCAUUAACAUAAAUAGCGUUGCUGGCCAUCAGGUUUUCGAUUUGCCACGACAAUCAAUCUAUAGUCCAAGUAAAUUCGCAGUUACUUCCCUAACGGAAUCGUUGCGUAUGGAGUUAAGGAAAGAAAAUGCGAACGUUAGAGUUACGAGCAUUAGCCCAGGAGUAUGUAAAACAGAAAUUUUAGAAGGAAUUCCUGGAGCAGACUUGGUACCGACACUUGUACCGGAAGAUAUAGCUGACGCGAUACGUUAUGUGCUUAGUACACCAGCAAGGGUACAAAUCCAAGAGCUAACAAUAAGACCUUUGGGAGAGCCGUUUUAG